UAGUAUUUCUUCCUUUCUUAAGUGAAGUAAAAGAGUAAAAUAAAUGCCAUUUAAUCGUUUUAAGACGAUGUUCUCCCCUUAGCAGUUUAUAUGCAUUUCGUGUGAAAGAGUACCUUCUCGUGUGAAAGAGAGAAUACGUUCUACCUCUAUUUUCUACAAGUUUUACGGACGUUAAUCCCGUCUUUGUUACUUUUUAUUGUAUACUCCACUCGGAAAUGGAAGACGUAUGUAUUUCCGAUAAGUGAAAGAGGUUCACACAAAGCAUCGAGAAAUUUGACACUCUUUGAUAAGAAUUUUAAAAGACUCCUGGAGCACGAAAUGGAUGAGAAGCAAACAGAAAAUCCAAUCUCCAUAGAUCAUUUAGACAGUACUAAUGUACCUGUGAUAACAGCUGAUUUAGAAAUGCUUGCUAUAGACAUUAAUCCUCCACCUACAGAAACCAAAAGGAUUCUUAGGAAAAGGAUGGCUAAACCUGUUUCUGUAGAAACAGAUUCUACAGAAAUAAUUAAACGAAGGUGUAGCCUGAAACCAAAAAAAAGAAGGAUCUAUGAGGUGGAGAGACAGGAAGAAAUUGUCAAGGAAUAUUAUUUAGACAAAAAGAUAAAUAAGAAAUCAAAUAAUCUUGAAACAAUAUUUGAAGAAACCCAGAAUUCGGAUGACGAUGCAGCAAUACGUAUGAGUGUGAAGCGAUUUAAGAGAAUGUUGAUGUUUACCCCUACAGCUGCCAAGCUGAAAAAGAGACGUGCAAAAAUACAAAGAGUCUUUGGGUCUAAAAUCAGGUACAAGAGAUGUGGUUCGAUGCAGGCUCUUAUAGAUAAAUUAAAUACCAUCAGAGAAAAUUCACCAAUGAAAAUUGACAACGAACUCAAAUGAUACCAGAUUCCUCGAUGAUUUAAAUGCCAUUCUUUUUUUAAGAAGAUAUCUGAAGAUAACACGCUAUGUAUGUUUCAGGAUUUCGCGAAAAAACUGUAUCAGAAUUAUUUUAUAAUCAUAUUUAAGAGAUAAUAUUUAGAUGGAGACAUUUAUAUUUCCAUCUAUUAAGAAUGUUAUACUAUAAAUAUAAAAUUUUCUGUGCAGGCAUUUAUUCGAUUCUCGCAUUGUAGAUUUACAUGUUUCGAACUAUAAGGAUGUAAGGACCAUAAUGUGUGAUAAUUAUAUUUCUAUUUGCGUGUUUGAGAUUUAUCUCGCUUAUAUUAACAGCAAUAUAUAUCACAUAAGAAGCAAUAAUAUAUCUUUUAUUUCUUUAGGGCUGGACUUC